AAAGUAAACAGAGACGGCCUCCAAAUCUUCACCCGCUCUCCUCCUAAAGAACCGCGGAGACGGCCGCUCCCUUUUCGAACCAUUUACUCUCGUCUUUCUCACAUCAGACGUACGUGUGAGAUCAACCCCCUUAAAUCUCUCUCCCUCCUUCUCUCUCUAGAACUUUUCUAACCCCCACUCUUUCUCUCUCCUCCGAUUUCCUCUCUCUUCAACCGCCACCGGGGAUCUCUCAUCCGAUCUAGGGUUUCUGUACCCCGAUCCGGAUCUGCGAAGCCCUAGAUCGAAUCUUCCAACUCGAACUGCGCCAGAUCUGAAUCUAGAUCUUUUGAUCUCUUCGAUCAUGGAGGCAAUGGACGAACUGGUCAAGCUCUCUGAGUCUAUGAUGCAGGCUGCUGCUCUUCUUGCUGAUGAGGAUGUCGAUGAGUCGUCGUCGAGGCGGAGCUCUACUUUCACGAACGUUGUAGCUCUCGGCAACGUCGGUGCUGGGAAAUCUGCGGUCUUGAAUAGUUUGAUCGGCCAUCCAGUAUUGCCGACGGGGGAGAAUGGAGCGACGCGGGCGCCUAUCAGUAUUGAUUUGCACAGAGAUGGAUCUUUGAACAGUAAAUCUAUCAUUUUGCAGAUUGACAACAAAUCUCAGCAGGUUUCUGCAAGCGCCCUUAGGCACUCACUUCAAGAUAGGCUAAGUAAGGGUGCUGGAGGGAAAGGCCGUGCUGAUGAGAUCUAUUUGAAGCUUCGUACCAGUACAGCUCCGCCGUUGAAGUUGAUUGAUCUACCAGGUUUAGAUCAGAGAGCUAUGGAUGAGUCAACAGUUAGUGACUAUGCUGCACAUAAUGAUGCGAUAUUGCUGAUCAUAGUACCAGCUGCACAGGCACCAGAAAUUUCGUCUUCUCGAGCUCUCAGACUGGCGAAGGAAUUUGAUGCCGAUGGGACGAGAACAAUUGGUGUUAUUAGCAAAAUUGAUCAAGCAGCUGGAGACCAGAAAAUUCUUGCAGCUGUCCAGGCUCUUCUUUUGAAUCAAGGGCCAACAAAAGCUUCAGAUAUUCCAUGGGUGGCUCUGAUUGGGCAAUCUGUUUCCAUUGCUUCAGCACAAGCUGGAUCUGUUGGUGAAAAUUCACUGGAAACUGCUUGGAGAGCUGAGAGUGAGAGUCUCAGAUCUAUACUGACUGGAGCUCCACAGAGCAAGCUUGGAAGAGUGGCUUUGGUAGAUACCCUUGCCAAACAAAUACGUAAACGAAUGAAAGUCAGGCUUCCAAAUCUUCUGUCUGGGUUGCAGGGUAAGUCUCAGAUUGUAGGGGAUGAAUUGGUAAGACUUGGUGAACAAAUGGUACACAGUUCAGAAGGAACUAGGGCUAUUGCUUUGGAACUCUGCAGAGAAUUUGAGGACAAGUUUCUUCAGCAUAUUGCCACUGGCGAGGGCGGAGGAUGGAAAGUUGUUGCUAGUUUUGAAGGAAAUUUCCCAAACAGAAUCAAACAGCUUCCACUUGACAGACAUUUUGAUAUUAAUAAUGUGAAGAGGAUUGUACUUGAAGCUGAUGGUUAUCAACCAUACUUGAUAUCUCCUGAAAAGGGGUUAAGAUCUUUAAUAAAAGGGGUAUUAGAACUUGCAAAAGAACCAUCACGUCUUUGUGUAGAUGAGGUGCACCGUGUUCUGCUUGAGAUAGUUUCUGCUGCUGCGAAUGCUACACCUGGACUGGGGAGAUACCCACCUUUCAAGCGUGAGGUUGUUGCCAUUGCAUCUGCUGCUUUAGACAAUUUUAAAAACGAGGCCAAAAAGAUGGUUGUUGCUUUAGUUGAUAUGGAGCGUGCUUUUGUUCCUCCUCAACAUUUCAUCCGCUUAGUUCAACGGAGGAUGGAGAGACAGCGGCGUGAGGACGAGCUGAAGAAUCGCUCCUCAAAGAAAGCACAUGAGGCAGAGCAAGCAAUGUUGAAUAGAGCGACGAGCCCUCAAACAGGAUCACAGCAGGCAGGUGGAACCUUAAAGUCAAUGAAGGAGAAGUCCAACCAAACUGAUAAAGAUUCAAAAGAGGGAUCAACCUUACAGAUUGCUGGUCCUAGUGGAGAAAUAACAGCAGGGUAUUUGCUGAAAAAAAGUGCAAAGACAAAUGGCUGGAGCAGGCGGUGGUUUGUAUUGAAUGAGAAAAGUGGAAAACUUGGAUAUACAAAGAAAGAAGAGGAAAGGCAAUUCCGUGGUGUUAUCAUCUUGGAGGACUGUAAUAUAGAAGAGGCAGUUGAUGAAGAACCUCCUAAAAGUUCCAAGGAAUCAAAGAAAGCAAACGGACCAGAUUCUGGAAAAGGUUCGAAUCUUGUCUUCAAAAUAACAAGCAAGGUUGCAUACAAAACUGUUUUAAAGGCUCAUAGUGCUGUUGUGUUGAAGGCUGAGAAUAUGGCUGACAAAGUUGAGUGGGUGAACAAAAUAAGAAAUUUAACCCAACCUUCUAAGGGAACUGUGAAGGGAGCACCUGGUUCUGAAGCUACUCCCUCCAUGAGGCAAAGCCACUCGGAUGGUUCUCUAGAUACAAUGGCCAGAAGGCCUGCUGAUCCAGAAGAAGAACUUAGAUGGAUGUCCCAGGAAGUGCGUGGCUAUGUGGAGGCUGUUUUAAACAGUCUUGCUGCAAAUGUUCCAAAGGCUGUUGUGCUUUGCCAAGUGGAAAAAGCUAAGGAAGACAUGUUGAAUCAGUUGUACAGCUCUGUAAGUGCUCAGAGCAAUGUAAAGAUUGAACAGUUGCUACAAGAGGAUCAAAAUGUCAAGCAUAGGCGAGAAAAGUUCCAAAAGCAGUCAUCUCUUCUCUCAAAACUUACCCGUCAGUUAAGCAUCCAUGACAACCGGGCAGCAUCUGCUAGUUGGUCUGAUGGCAGUGCUGGAGCAGAGAGUCCAAAGACACCCAGCAGAGUCUCAUCAUUGGGCGAUGAUUGGAGAUCUGCAUUUGACUCCGCAGCAAAUGGACCAUCGAGUCAUUCCAACUCCAUUGGUAGAUCAAGCAGUGCCAAUGGUCACAGCCGAAGGUAUGAGGCCGCACAAAACGGCGAUAUGGGUCCGAACUCUAGCAGCCGCCGCACUCCCAACCGACUUCCACCUGCGCCACCUGGCAGCAGCUCCUCCAUGUACAGAUUCUAGUCCAGCGGCAAACUUCAACUUCUCCUCUUGAAGUUCGUUACACAUUCUUGUUAAGUUCAGGCCAUUGCAGGAAAGGAAAAGAAGGAAAUUGAAAGCUUAUGGGUGUAUUCCUACAUAUAAAUAUGAUUAGAUGAAUAGAAGACUCUCCUGGUACUCCAUAUUGGAGUUGAUGUGUUGGAAAUCUAAUCAUGGUCUUUGCUUCUGAUGAUUCUCAUAUUAGUAUAAGGCAUACAACAGUUGUUUUGUUUUUCUUUUCUUCCUAUUGAUGGAAUGGAGAUACUGCUUGUGUUCUGAUGUAUAAUUUUUGUUUUAUUUUUGUGUAUGAUUUUCAUUUGUAUUUAUUUUUAAUAGCGCCGUUUGGUGCUUAUGGGUGGAUGCGAGCCAGCAUCUUCUCAAUUUCCUAAACUUCAAGUGAAUUCUCUUCUGUUA